ACCCAAAUGCUUAUCUUACAAAUUAUAUUUUUUAACUAUAAUCGCGCCUUCUUUUCAUCUACUUUUUAAUUUGGUUCUAAAAUUCAAAUAUAAAUCAGUUAUGGAUCCAUCACCGAGGCUAACACCUAGUGCGAGACACAUGGUUGUUAAAUAUAUAUCGAGCUGGUCGGUUGAAUCAAUUUUGAUAAUGAACGAAGUUCCAGAUCAGCUCUAUACAAGCAAUUUGGCUUUAAGUCGGGCUUAAUAAACCGAUCGUUUUUAUUGGUGUAAUCGAACAACCGAAUAAGCUAAACAUUUUUUUCCCUAGUUCUCGCAAACACUCCCCUCUCUAUUUUACACUAAAUCCAAAGUAAUUUGAGCCAUCUAAUUUAACCGAUUAAAUUUAAUAAUUCACUUGCUUGACCGAAUCAACAAUUGAACCGGUUUGAUAAUCUUAAUAAGAAGCCUUGGAAUAUUUUUAUUAUUAUUUUAUGGGGUAUCUAAUUAUCUUUAUCUUAUAUCUAAGCAGGCAGUAGGCGCUAAGGCCAAGCUGGGCCCCACGAAGUAACUGCGACGAUAACGUCCAUGCACAUCCGGCGGGAAACAGUGACGUGGAUCUAACGAACCACCAUUGCGCGCCACGUCAAAGUUUCAUAUAUAAUUGCCCGCCUUUUUUCUGGUCCAUGGAUAUGGCCGAUUGGCCGCAUCAAAAUCAAUCCCAUGUGGACAAACUUUUCCAUCUUUGCCCCCUCCCAAAUUUACAUUAUUGAAUUCAAAUUAAGGUUGAAAUGGAAGUCCCAUUUCUUCACAAUCCACGUGUGCUAACCCCCUCAUAUUAUUUUAACGAAUGACUUGAUAAGCAAGGGAUUGUGGAAUGAUAAUAGAAUCGUUACAUUUGGUCGCCUUAAAAUACUGUUGGUUCAUUUUACCAAAGAAUAACAUGAAAAUUUCCUUGUACUUGUACACGAACAAAGUGUUAAAAUAUGAGGGUCUUUAUAUUCAUUUAAUUUGAGUCUUCCUAACAUGAACAAAGUGUAAAAUAUGUCGGUCUUUAUAGUGGGUUGGUUGUUGGAAUAGUUAGAUUGAGUUUUUCUAAUUAUUACGAUUCAAUCCUGACAAUUCGUAUGUUAAAAUUGAUUUAUUUAAAUUUUUAAAGCAUCUAAAAAUCGAUAUAACUCGUGAGGGCUUCGAUUGCCACCGAAGUGGGGUGCAAGAGUGUUGUGAAUAAAUUUAAACAUCCUGAGUCCCUAAUUUAUCGAGAUUUAACUCUGAUGUCGUUACGAAGUUGGAUUGAGUAGAAACUUUUUAUUUAAAAUAUAUAAAUCAGAUAAAAUGAGUAUUUUUAUGUUACAUGGUAAGAUUUAUGUCACUAUUUUAUUAUUCGACGAGUUAAACUAUACUAUUUAUAUAAAAAAAUUUAAGAGAGAUAUACAAAGUUAUUGGUAUUUUAGUCUAUAAUUUGUUUAAAGUUUAAAAGUUUAGUGAAGAUUCAUCAGUAACCCCAAAAAGUUAUCCCCAAAAAAUAAAACAGAAUAAGACUCUCUUUUUGUCCCCUUCACUUCUAUUUAUUGUAUUCAGCCAUUUCCAGCCACUCCAGUUUUCAAGAGCACCAAGAAAACAACGGCUGACUGUUAGCGAGAGAGAGAAAGAGCUCCGAGCCCAUUGGUACGCAGCAAAAACAAUGGCGGUCAGGACAAAUCUAACGAAGAACCUUUUCUCAGCUCUCAGCGGCAGGAUCCUCAACCCCCUGAGAUCCGGACACGGCGGAUAUUCCAAUCCGCUUCCAGCUGCGGCGGCGGCCUAUUCCUCUUCCGCCGCUGCCGCUCUGGAAACUGCAGGGCCCGAGCCGUUCGACCUUUUGGGAGUGAAAGAGUACGAGGAUUACAGGAGGUCUCUGUACGGCGACGUCACCCACAAGGCUCUUCUUGUUGACGCCGUCGGCACUCUCGUCGUUCCUUCUCAGCCCAUGGCUCAGAUAUACAAACAAAUUGGGGAGAAAUAUGGAGUGAAUUGCUCGGAAGAUGAGAUACUGAAUCGAUACAGAAGGGCUUAUGAACAGCCCUGGGGUAGAUCUCGUCUCAGAUAUGUUAGUGAUGGCAAACCAUUCUGGCAACAUAUAGUCACUUCUUCUACAGGCUGCUCGGAUCUACAGUACUUCGAGGAACUUUAUAACUACUACACAACUGACAAGGCUUGGCACCUCAAUGACCCUGAGGCUGGGAAAAUAUUCGAUGCCAUUAGGAAAGCUGGUGUUAAGGUGGCUAUUGUGUCAAAUUUCGACACUCGGCUCAGACCUGUCUUGCGUGCCUUAAACUGUGAGCAGUGGUUCGAUGCCGUAGCAGUUUCAGCUGAAGUGGCUGCGGAGAAGCCUAAUCCGACGAUAUUUCUGAAAGCAUGUGAGCUCUUGGGAGUUAAACCUGAGGAUGCUGUUCACGUUGGGGAUGACCGUAGGAACGAUAUAUGGGGAGCAAGGGAUGCUGGUUGUGAUGCAUGGCUUUGGGGGAGCGACGUACGAUCCUUCAAGGAGGUUGCACGAAGGAUCGGGGUGCGAGUCUAGUCAGUAAUCUGCGUGACAUGGGGAGGUCACAAAUGUACCGGAGGGUUUGCCUUUAGCUACUGCCUUUUAGUCCGUCUUUUCUGUUCAUAGGAAGCAGCUUGUUUGUUGUACAGCGCCCGUGUGUUGUUCUCUGUUCUUGUAGUGUAUAGAUGUUUGCAGGCAAGCAGAAGUUGGAAGGAGGCUUAUUGACGUUGUUGUUGUAGACCUGAAGGCAGAGACUGUUGCACAACCUUUGAAUAAAAUAGGGCCUUAUGUAUGGACUAUGGUGUAAGUUGAAAACUAGUUUCUCUGGUUGGCUAGUAGCUAGUUAAUAUUUAUGUAUGGUGUAGGAUCCCAUCAUUAAGCCCCAAACUUAAGGAGUUUUUAAACUUUGGCUGGCCAAUAGGAAGAGGAGAAAGAAGGGAGGAAGGUAACAAACUAGAAGGGCAAAUGAGUAGUUUGCUUAAUUAUUUAAUGCUAUCAAUAAUAAUAUUUAUUACUGAAAAAAUGAAAAAAUUCUCAAUUCAUUAAAACCUGACAUUAUCUGUUAGUAAAUACUAUUGCAAAACCUUAACAAUGAAAAUUCAAAAUAAAAAAAAUGCUCACACUUUCUGUGAUGAUAUUCCCCCUAAUUUUUCUAGAUUUGUUGAAAUGUAUUCAGUUGCAGUUUUUAUAAUUUUGUGCGUGAAGGUUUUCCAAUUUUGAGAUAAUAUUUAUUGAAUUAAUGUUUUUAGAAGUUUUGGGUACCAAAAUGUAAUUAAAAGCAAGUAAAAUUUUGGGUUAGAUGGAUCGAAAAGAUAUUAUAUUUGGAUUUUGAAGGCAGCAGAUCACGCAGUCGGCCUGAGGCUAUUCUCCAACGAUGAUUGAGUCCAUUAAGCACCGAUUUGGGCGGAUUUAUUCCGGGUCAAUUUUUGGCAGAUUCCAAAGGGGUACCAUCACAGAUUUCGGGCGAUUUAUCCGAAAUGCCAUUUUCUUUCGAUUCUGGAGGCUACAGAUCACGGAAUCAGGCCGAGGCUAUUCUCCACCGAUAAUGAAGUCUAUUGAUCCUAUUCUCCACGGAUGAUAAGUCCGUUAAGCAUCAAUUUGGGCCAAUUUAUUUUCGGAUGACAUUUUCGUAAUUUCUCGAGCGACGAAAGGCAAUUUUCUUUGGAUAUUGAAGGCUACAGAUCACGGAUUCGCCCUGAGGCUAUUCACCAACGAUGAUUGAGUCCAUUAAGCACCGAUUUGGGCAGAUUUAUUCCGGGUGAAUUUUUGGCAGAUUCCAAAGAGGUACCAUCACAGAUUUCGGGCGAUUUAUCCGAAAUGUCAUUUUCUUUCAAUUCUGGAGGCUACAGAUCACGGAAUCAGGCCGAGGCUAUUCUCCACCAAUAAUGAAGUUUAUUGAUCCUAUUCUCUAGGGAUGAUAAGUCCGUUAAGCAUCAAUUUGGGAAAAUUUAUUUUCGGAUGACAUUUUCGUAAUUUCUUGAGCGACGAAAGGCCAUUUUCUUUGGAUAUUGAAGGCUACAGAUCACGGAUUCGCCCUGAGACUAUUCUCCAACGAUGAUUGAGUCCAUUAAGCACCGAUUUGGGCAGAUUUAUUCCGGGUGAAUUUUUGGCAGAUUCCAAAGGGGUACCAUCACAGAUUUCGGGCGAUUUAUCGGAAAUGCCAUUUUCUUUCGAUUCUGGAGGCUACAGAUCACGGAAUCAGGCCGAGGCUAUUCUCCACCGAUAAUGAAGUCUAUUGAUCCUAUUCACCACGGAUGAUAAGUCCGUUAAGCAUCAAUUUGGGCCAAUUUAUUUUCUGAUGGCAUUUUCGUAAUUUCUCGAGUGACGAAAGGCCAUUUUCUUUGGAUAUUGAAGGCUACAGAUCACGGAUUCGCCCUGAGGCUAUUCUCCAACGAUGAUUGAGUCCAUUAAGCACCGAUUUGGGCAGAUUUAUUCCGGGUGAAUUUUUGGCAGAUUCCAAAGGGGUAACAUCACAGAUUUUGGGCGAUUUAUCCGAAAUGUCAUUUUCUUUCGAUUCUGGAGGCUACAGAUCACGGAAUCAGGACGAGGCUAUUCUCCACCGAUAAUGAAGUCUAUUGAUCCUAUUCUCCAAGGAUGAUAAGUCCGUUAAGCAUCAAUUUGGGCCAAUUUAUUUUCUGAUGGCAUUUUCGUAAUUUCUUGAGCGACGAAAGGCCAUUUUCUUUGGAUAUUGAAGGUUACAGAUCACGGAUUCGCCCUGAGGCUAUUCUCCAACGAUGAUUGAGUCCAUUAAGCACCGAUUUGGGCUGAUUUAUUCCGGGUGAAUUUUUGGCAGAUUCCAAAGGGGUAACAUCACAGAUUUUGUGCGAUUUAUCCGAAAUGCCAUUUUCUUUCGAUUGUGGAGGCUACUGAUCACGGAAUCAAGCCGAGGCUAUUCUCCACCGAUAAUGAAGUCUAUUGAUCCUAUUCUCCAAGGAUGAUAAGUCCGUUAAGCAUCAAUUUGGGCCAAUUUAUUUUCUGAUGGCAUUUUCGUAAUUUCUUGAGCGACGAAAGGCCAUUUUCUUUGGAUAUUGAAGGCUACAGAUCACGGAUUCGCCCUGAGGCUAUUCUCCAACGAUGAUUGAGUCCAUUAAGCACCGAUUUGGGCAGAUUUAUUCGGGUGAAUUUUUGGCAGAUUCCAAAGGGGUACCAUCACAGAUUUCGGGCGAUUUAUCCGAAAUGCCAUUUUCUUUCGAUUCUGGAGGCUACAGAUCACGGAAUCAGGCCGAGGCUAUUCUCCACCGAUAAUGAAGUCUAUUGAUCCUAUUCUCCAUGGAUGAUAAGUCCGUUAAGCAUCAAUUUGGUAAAUUUUAUUUUCGGAUGGCAUUUUCAUUAUUUCUUGAGCGACGAAAGGUCAUUUUCUUAGGAUAUUGAAGGCUACAGAUCACGGAUUCGCCCCGAGGCUAUUCUCCAACGAUGAUUGAGUCCAUUAAGCACCGAUUUAGGCAGAUUUAUUCCGGUUCAAUUUUUGGCAGAUUCCAAAGGGGUACAAUCACAUAUUUCGGGCGAUUUAUCCGAAAUGCCAUUUUCUUUCGAUUCUGGAGGCUACAGAUCACGGAAUCAGGCCGAGGCUAUUCUCCAACGAUAAUGAAGUUUAUUGAUCCUA